CGGAAAGUCAACAAACUAGUAAAAUAUCGUUUAUUUAAAAAAAUUUAAAACAUUAGUUGUAUCAUAUUUUGUCGUGUAAUUCACACAAAUCAUUCCGAUAUACAUGUUUAACAAACAUUUAAAAAAUGUCUGCGGGAGAAGUCGUCAUGGAAGUGCCAACGAGUCUCAAGCGUCUUGCUCGUCUGGUCGUAAGAGGCUUCUACACGAUUGAGGACGCGCUCAUAAUCGACAUACUGGUUCGUAACCCUUGCAUGAAGGAAGACGACAUGUGCGAGCUUCUCAAGUUUGAAAGGAAAAUGUUAAGGCAGCGAAUCGCUAUACUGAGAAGUGAAAAAUUUUUACAAACUAGACUGCGUAUGGAAACUGGAGCGGAUAGUAAAGCGCAAAAAGUUAACUAUUACUUUAUCAACUAUAAGUCGUUUGUAAAUAUGGUUAAAUAUAAACUGGAUUGUAUGCGGAAAAAAAUGGAAACGCAAGAACGUAAUGCUACAAGUCGAGCGAGUUUUAAAUGUGUUCAAUGUUUCAAAACAUUCACAGAUUUAGAAGCAGAUAUGCUUUUUGACUUUCAAACUAACGAGUUCCAUUGUACAUUUUGCGGAGAACUAGUAGAAGAAGAUACAUCUGUCCUACCUCAACAAGAUUCUCGUGUGAUGCUGGCUAAUUUUAAUGAAAUUAUGGAACCAUUCUAUUCGAUUCUUCGUGAGCUCGAGGGUAUUCGUCUUGCACCUGAACUUCUCGAACCUGAACCCACCACUAUCCUUGGGUUGGACUCGUCGAACCUACAAGGUUCAGGCAAUAGACAAAACAAUGGUAUGGAGCGAUGGGGACCAGAUAAAAUGCGAAAUAUGGAUAAUAGCAAUAAAAUGGAAGUUACUAUUGGCGAAGACCUUCAAGACAAUCGUCCAGUUGUCAAAGAACGUCCUGUAUGGCUCACAGAAAGUACCGUCGUGGAAAACACUUCUACACGUGAUUCUGUUGAGAUGGAUAUUAAGGACAACACCGAAGGAAAUGCUCUUGAUUUUACACCAGACGUCGACAUAAUGACCGUGCUACUACAACAUGAAAAACGUGCAGAUCAGACAGAUGCGUCUGGUAAGAAAGACGCGGAUUCCAGCGAUGAAGAACUAUCCAAGACUAUUAAAAAUGAAGGUUCUAUUGGAUCAGGCGUGGAAGAACUGACAUCCGAAGAAGAGGAAGACGAGGACGUUCCUCUGGUGAGUGUUGGUGGUCGACGCGUGCCAAUCACAGAAGUGGUGAACAUGACAGACGCAAUCAGUCAAAUGACGCCUUCAGAAAAAGAACACUACAUACAAGUGUACCAAGAUUAUUUCUCAGCGCUUGGCGAUUAAAAUGUUGGUAGCUAAUUUACCUCUGGUUGUAUUUUUGUGAUAUAGGAUUUUUUUGUUUUUUUAUUAAUUGAAUUUUGUUGAAUUCAUAGAACUUUGUUUCUAAAUGUGUAAAAAAAAAAAAUAUAUAUCGAAUUAUAACUGAUCAUCAUCAUUCAGGUUGCCUUAUAAUUUUUAUAAAUUACAUGAAAAGCCUUAUGUUAAUUAAUUUUUUUUCAUUCUAAAUUUGUAUUGAAGUACAUAUUUUAAUGUAUGAUAUUUAGAGAAGUGUUAUGUUUAAAAUAAUAAACAUAUGUAAAUAAUAACGACUGUAAUGUUU